CCGCAAGCACCCACAAAUAUCCGGCUUGAACGAAGCAAAAAACGUGGACUGCUGGCGACUUGGGACGAUAACAACGAGUGCUUGAAGCGUCAAGGACCACGUUAUGGUGUUUAUGUCUAUGAUGAAACAAAUCGACUGGUGUAUGAGAUAUACGUUGCCGAAAAAUCAGCGUUUCUCGGUGGCCUAGACGUUUGCUCACCGUACUGGGUUCGCAUCAGUACAAUUGGAAUUGAGGGAGUGAGCUCAGCGUCAGCCAGAAUCAAGACAUUCGAUCCUCCA